CUCCAUCGAAAGGGCCUACCAAAUAUGCAGAGAGAGUGAGAUGAAAUCAGCAGCACUAUCAGCACUUCUCUCUUCAACCCUCUCCUACGCAUCACCACCGCAUCUCAACCUCCUCCGUCCUGCCACCGCCGUCCUCUGCCACUCACUUCUCCCCACCUCCACCCCCAAUCCCUUCCACACUCAACUCCGUACCGCCAAAAUUUCUGCGUCAAUGUCUUCUUCCUUCAAGCCCGAGCAAGCUAGGGUUCCGCCUGCGAUUCCACCACCCACACCUCCUCUCAGCAAAUUCAAGAUUGGUCUGUGCCAAUUGUCUGUGACUGCGGACAAGGAGAGGAACAUUGCUCAUGCUCGAAAGGCGAUUGAGGAGGCAGUUGAAAAGGGUGCUCAGCUUGUUCUCCUGCCCGAAAUAUGGAAUAGUCCUUAUUCAAAUGAUAGCUUCCCAGUUUAUGCUGAGGACAUUGAUGCAGGUGGUGAUGCAUCUCCUUCAACAGCCAUGCUGUCUGAAGUUUCCCAUGCCCUGAAAAUUACUAUUGUUGGUGGCUCUAUACCAGAACGCUGUGGGGAUCGAUUGUACAAUACUUGUUGCAUCUUUGGUAGUGAUGGAAAGUUGAAAGCAAAACACAGGAAGAUACACCUUUUUGAUAUCAACAUUCCUGGGAAGAUUACCUUUAUGGAAUCAAAAACUCUUACAGCAGGAGGAAGUCCCACAAUUGUAGACACAGAAGUCGGGCGUAUUGGAAUAGGUAUCUGUUAUGACAUUCGGUUUUCUGAACUGGCCAUGUUGUAUGCAGCAAGAGGCGCUCACCUGAUUUGCUAUCCCGGGGCAUUUAACAUGACAACUGGACCAUUGCAUUGGGAGUUAUUGCAAAGGGCAAGGGCUGCAGAUAAUCAGUUAUAUGUAGCGACUUGUUCACCUGCUCGAGAUGCUGGUGCUGGUUAUGUGGCUUGGGGCCACUCAACUCUUGUUGGACCAUUUGGAGAAGUUUUGGCUACCACAGAACAUGAGGAAGCAAUAAUCAUAUCAGAGAUUGAUUAUUCUCUAAUUGAGCUCAGGAGGACAAACCUCCCAUUACUGAAUCAACGGCGGGGUGAUCUUUACCAAUUGGUAGAUGUUCAGAGGUUGGAUUCUCAAUAAACCAUGUAAGGAACACUAGAAUACUCUUAUGGUGCAUGAAAGACAUUCUUGGAGAAAGGAUAUUUAUGCCUGUCCAAACCUUGCAUAUUUCUUAUGUCUAGGGUUGGUGACAUGAAGUACUAAAUAAUUCCAUAGACCUUGUAUCUUCAGCCCCCAUUUCUCUAAAAUUAAGGCAAUGGUUUUACUCUUUUUCUGGUUGGACUUUUUCUAGGAAACUGCCGAUAUGCAUGUAUCACCACCAUUGCAUUAUUGAAGCGUUUUUUUGUGUCA